AGAGAGAGAAGAGACGAAAGACCCCACAGAGCACUCAUCUUCUCAAAUCUCAACCCUAACUUUGAUUUCUCUCUCUGAAACACACAGCUCUCUCCCAAUCUCUCUCUCUUUCUCUCUGAUGAAAAGCGUCGGAAAAUGGGGAAAUACAUAAGAAAGAGCAAAAUCGACGGAGGAGAAGCUUUAAUGGAUGUUGUUUCACCUUCUUCUUCUUCUUCUUCUUCACUUGGUGUUUUAACUCGAGCUAAAUCACUAGCUCUCCAACAACAACAACAACAACAACAACAGCAACGCCGUCUUCUUCGAAAACCCUCUUCUUCUUCUUCUCCGUGUUUACCACCGACUUCUCCUUCUCCCAAUCCACCGAAGAAACAGAGGAAACAAAAGCAGAACCAGCAGAUGAACGAUUGUACUGGUACUGGUUCGUAUCUUCAGCUACGGAGUCGUCGGCUACAAAAGAAACCCCCAAUUGUUUUGAUUCGGAGGAAACAUCAGCGGAGGAAAGAGACAUGCGGGAGAAACCCUAACCCUAGUCAUAAUCCCCAAAUUUUGGAUUCGAUUUGUGGUGAUGGGUCUAGGUCAGAUUCCGUUUCUGAGAGUGUUGUCUUUGGGAAAAAUCAAGAAUUGGUUUGUGAAAUCAACAAAGAUCCUUCCUUUGGGGAAGCUACUGAACAAAGGACCACAAGGGAAUCCACACCAUGCAGUUUGAUAGGAAAGCCUGAAAUCAUCACAACCCCAGGAUCGUCAACAAAGCUUAACAUUUGUAUAAGUGAAAGCAACCAGAGGGAAGAGAGUUUGUCACGCAGCAGCCACCGUCACCUACCUACUACACCUGAAAUGGACGAGUUUUUCUCGGGUGCUGAAGAAGAACAACAAAAGCAAUUCAUUGAGAAGUACAACUUUGAUCCUGUGAACGAACAGCCACUACCAGGACGGUUUGAAUGGACGAAGGUAGAUGAUUAGAAACAGCAAACAAUGGGGGGUUAAUAGUUAAUACAGAAUAUAUUAACAUUUUCCUGCUAAUUAUCGGUUUGAUCUUAUUACCAUCAUCCGUUUUCUUAACUUUUUCAACAUGUAAAGAGCUUAGGAGAGAAAAACCCAUGUAGUGUUUUUAAAAUUGGU